CCAAGGUUUCCUGGAUUGUUCAUAUUUUUUAUGGGUCUUUUGGUACACGUAAAUUUUGCGAUUAUGAAAAAUUUCAUACACACUCAUAUCAUUAAAAUAUGGAAAAAAAAAACCUGGCUGAGCAAAAUCUAUUGUAAGAGCUUGCAAAUUCUGUACACGUAUAUCUUUGGAAUUGCUUGUAAUAUGCACUGGAAAGGCUCUUGGACUAUUUUCGAUUACUUCUUCUUGAAUCAUAUUUGGUUAAUUGUAGGUGUCAUUACACUCAUAACGAUAAGCUUGAUGAUUUUACGAUCCUUUCGAAAUAUUCUUGCACCUCCAGUGAUGAUUGCAGUAGACAAACUCAUUUUUGUUUUCUACUUUCCAACGAGAUAUAAAUUGGUAAGUUAAUUU